AUGGUAAACUACGAGAUAAUUGAUCUGUUCCAGACUAAAGGAAUUGUCAAUCAAAGGGUUUGUUUCGAAGUACCAUUACAAUACAACAACAGCAAAGAUCUGACUACAAUUAAAGUAGCUAUCAACAUUACUCAAAAAUAUGAUGAAUCACUCUUCCAAUCAGGAUCUGCAGCCGCUUUGGACAAGAUAGUUCUCCCCCAGAACCCAAAAUUGAUUGUUUAUCUCCAAGGAGGUCCCGGAUAUCCUUGUCAAGUACCCACUUCCAACUCAGGUAAGGAGAAAGUACUCUUGGAAAGGGGAUAUCAGAUUGUAUUCCUUGACCAAAGAGGUACUGGAUUAAGUACUCCCAUUGAAGGUGAUUCCUUUGAGGAAUUGGUCCGGAAACGCUACAACGACGAUUAUUCCGUCGAGAAUCAACUUGAAUAUAUCUUAAAUUUCCGGGCUGAUAGUAUUGUAGAAGAUUUGGAGGUUAUUCGUAAGGAAUUGAUUCCAAAUCAGAAAUGGUCUCUCUUGGGACAAUCAUAUGGUGGAUUUAUUACUUUUGCUUAUCUUUCCAAAUAUUCACAAUCUUUAAAGGAGGUUUUAAUCACGGGAGGAAUUCCACCUAUUGGGUUUAGUGUUGAUGAGAUUUAUCAAGCAACUUAUGAACGGACAAAAGAGAGGAAUGUUCAUUAUUAUAAUAAAUUCCCGCAAGAUAAAGCUAAGGUAGCUGCUAUUUGUCAAUAUCUUUCCACCACUAGGGUUAUAUUACCCAAUGAAGGUAUUUUAUCCGUAGAAAGAUUCCAACAAUUGGGAUUAAUAUUUGGUGCAACUGGAGGUACUGAUAGAUUACAUGAAAUUGUCACGAAAUUCUAUUAUGAUCUCCAAUUUGGACAACCAACUUAUCAAAUCCUUAAUACCAUCCAAAACGAAUUGGGAUUUGAUACCAAUGUUAUCUAUGCGUUGUUUCAAGAAGCCAUUUAUUGUGAUGGUAAUAUCGAACUGCCAACAAAUUGGGGUGCCAACAGAUUAAGAAACAUCGAAGGUAAUGAGAAAUUUAUCAAGAAUGACCAUGAAGUCUAUUUCACGGGUGAAAUGGUUUAUAAAUCUAUGUUUGAAGAUUAUAGUGAAUUACGUAAGUUCAAAAACUUGGCUGAUCGAUUACAUCAAAAUACAAAAUGGAGCCGCUUGUAUGAUGUUGAGCAUUUGAAGACUGUUGACUGGAACAAAGUUCCUGUUGUUGCUGCCACAUAUUUCGAUGAUCAAUAUGUUGAUUUUGGUUUAAGUAGGGAAGCUAAGAAACGUGCAUUCAACAACAAUGGAAAUUUGAAACAAUAUAUCACGAGUGAACAUUUCCAUAAUGGACUUAGAGCUGAUCCUGAAAAGGUAUUAGGAGCAUUGUUUACUUUACUUGAUAACGGCGAUUUAGAUUAA